AUGUCGUCAAACGUACUUUCAGGGGUCUUGACUCUACUCCAUACAGCAUGCGGUGCAGGUGUGCUUGCUAUGCCGUUUGCAUUCAAGCCAUUCGGAUUAAUGCCAGGUUUGAUAACACUUACAUUUUGCGGAAUAUGUUCCUUAUGUGGGCUGCUGUUACAGACACGAAUAGCAAAGUAUGUACCCAAAUCUGAGAAUGCUUCCUUUGCUAAACUCACUCAAUUAAUCAAUCCAUCACUAAGUAUAGUGUUCGACUUUGCUAUUGCAGUAAAAUGUUUUGGUGUAGGAGUAUCUUACCUAAUCAUUGUUGGCGACCUGGUGCCGCAGAUAGUGCAGUCGAUUUUCUAUCACAAUGAUGAUAGCACUGGUGGAUUGCAAGAGCAUCAUAGGCUCUUGGACAGGCGCCUAUAUAUAACUUUGGUGAUGAUGUUCGUCAUCGCUCCCUUAUGCUUUAAGAGAAGCUUGAAUUCUCUUCGAUAUGCUUCCAUGAUUGCCAUUAUUAGUGUCGCAUAUUUAUCCGGUUUGAUUAUUUACCAUUUUCUGAAUCGACAUCAGCUAGAAAGAGGCCAGGUCUAUUUCAUGGUGCCUCAUAGAGAUUCUUCAUCUCAUUCUCCCCUGACUACUUUGCCAAUUUUUGUUUUUGCAUACACUUGUCAUCAUAACAUGUUUAGUGUUAUUAAUGAGCAAACAGACAAAACUUUCAGAAUACUUAGGAGGAUCCCCAUUUUUGCCAUUUCAUUCGCCUAUAUUUUAUACCUUAUUAUUGGUGGGGCAGGUUACAUGACAUUUGGUGAAAAUAUUGUAGGAAAUAUUCUCACCUUAUACCCAAACUCCAUAUCCACCACCAUUGGAAGGUUAGCAAUGCUGCUAUUGGUCAUGUUGGCAUUUCCAUUGCAAUGUCACCCUUGUAGAUCAUCAAUAAAAAACAUAUUCAUAUUCAUUGAAGACUUUAGAAAGGGUAGGUUACAUGAUAACAGAACUGGUUUCAUCCCAUUGGACGACUUUAAUAGUGAGGAACCACAUGAUGAGUUAAGCCAGCAGAGUAGUGAAGGCCCAACCCUGCGUAGUGAAUCUCAACGCCACACCAAUGUUAUCACUCUUUGCGUCUUGGUAUUUUCGUAUAUCUUGGCCAUUUCAAUUACAUCCUUGGCCAAAGUUCUAGCAAUUGUUGGUGCAACAGGGUCUACAUCGAUUUCUUUCAUUUUGCCAGGUCUUUUUGGCUACAAAUUAAUUGGCUCAGAAUUCACCAACAGAAAUGAAAGAGUACCGGUGAGUAUUAAAAUAUUCAAGUACUUAGGUUUGUCUUUAUUCAUUUGGGGUCUAGUAAUAAUGAUAGCUUCACUAUCAGCAACUGUGUUUUUAGGUACAUCAUCACAUUGA